UGCAGCGAUGGUAUUACGGUGAAAGCUCAACUACUGACGUGGAUUGUCGCUGCCCUGCGUCAGGAAGCAUUACGGUAAGGAUGCAAUCAUGUGGACUUGAUCAAAGCCGCGCCCACUUUCCAAACAAAAGCAUGGGUUUAUCGCCUUAUUUUUGCCUAUGUCGUUACGUCAUAAAUGUCUGUAAGCCAUAUAAAUGUGCUCAUGCAAAAAAAAUGAAAUACAUAUUUAUUUAUAAUUAUUUAAGACAGUUUUCACUUUGUUAGCGCAGUUGGACCGGAUAAAACUCCGCGCUUUUAUUGUGAAGCCGGAAGUAAUCUUGACUUGAGCUGUGUGCUCACAAGAGACGUGACGGUUGGCAACAAGAAAAAAGCGCCGUCUUUUCUCUCGGCUGAGAGCAAAAAUAAAAUAUUUAAUAACAAUCUAUUAAACAUCAUAUUUAAUAAACUCUCGGUUACAUUUGUGUCACUUUAUGCUUCGUUAUUUUUUUUUAUUGAACACUUGUACACGCAAACAUAAAAUAAUUGUUGAACACAACAUGUCAAGGAAAGAAAAAUAAAAGACUAUACAAAUAGAUUAUUCAAAAAUAAUAAUAAAUUUGAUAAAAUUAUAAAUAGUGCUAAUAUAAACCAGAUACCAGUUUAAGGCCUUUUCUACUUUUAACUACUUUUAUAAAUGUAAAUUGUAAUUUGAACUAGUAAGCCAAUGUAGGUUUUAUUUUCGUAAUUUAUGUAUAGAAAUGUUUAGUUUGCAGCAUAAUAACAUUAAUCAGCAUUUCUACGAUAAGCCAAAUGAGGAACAUCUCCAACUUUAUUUUGGACACAACCGAAUGGGGGGGGCUGACUUCCGGUAAAUAAGCCCCGCCCACUCGGUUACAGUUGUCUUGACAACGGCUGCGAGUUGAUUAGACGCUAAAAACGCUCCCUAUCACUGGACUAAAUGACAUUUUCUGGUGAAAUAUAGAAAGUUUUAAGGGAGAUUAUUAUUCAUUGUUGCCUCUUAACGCCAUUAUUGUGAGAAGAAGGAGUCGCCAUGUCGGAAGUACGUCAAGAUAAGUCGGUGAAAAGAGACAAGAGGACCAGCAAGGUGCCUUCGGAGGGAAGCCAUGGAAUAAAAGGCAAAGACACCGUUGGCAAGACCAAGGACUCCCUAAGCAACGUGUCCUGCAUCGACGAGCACCACGAUGAAAACACGCGCAUGGCGGUCACGCUGGAGAACACCUACCACAUGGCACCUCGCAGACGCUUCCCGGCCCACGCUGCCUUGGACAUCCUGAAGGACGUGCUGAGGAGUUACUUGCAGGAGGAGAAGUACGAGGUGGACUGGUCUCGACAGAUGACCAAAACCAUAUGUGAGGUGGUCCGGGCCCGCGUGAAGGAGCUGAUGAUCCGCAGGUACAAGCUGGUGGUCCUGGUCCACAUCGGUCAGCUGGCCGGACAGAGCAUGCAGAUCAGCAGCCGCUGUCUGUGGGACGCCGCCUUCGACACCUUCGCCACCUGGUCCAUCAAAAACAGCUCCCUGUACGGCGUGGCCUCCGUCUACGCCCUCUACUACGAGUGACAAAACACCUACUCUUUAGUCUUCUCAGCCUGCUCCUUGGUCCUGGUCUGGUGUCGCCACCUUGUUGGGACAGUCCCAAGCAGUCAACCACCAGGCCAGCAUAAAGUAAUCUACUUACUUUUAGCUCCAUUACACUUGAUGUACCCUGUAAUGGACCAUCCAAACAAUAGCCCGUUUGUUGACAAGAAGAGAUGACAGCCAUGGGAGCACACGCCUUCUCUUUAAUAAGCACGAGUAACACAAUCCGGUGAGAAGAAUAUUGAACAACAAAUCAAGAAAAGGACAAACUCGCCAUCCAAACAAUACCCCGUUUGUUGACAAGAAGAUACGACGCACAUGCGAUGUCUUUAUUGAGCAGAGGUAACACAAUUCACUGAGAAGAUUCUUAAGAGCAGGCAUAUUGCCGCUGCUAACUGCUAAAGCUAACAAACGCAGCUUGCGGCGAGACCCUUGAUGACGUCACACGUCGCCAGGCAACAAGCCCCGCCUUUUAUAAGCACAGACUCCGCACUCUGCUCUGUAGGAAUUGUCUUCCAACUGCAAAUGCCAGAUAUUUUCUGCAACACAUUUAACUACUUUACUUAGUAAUUAAUGACAUUUACUUCGGAGUCAUUUUUUUCCGGAACUUAAUUACUUUUUGGAUGAAGGAACGAGUAACUAUAAUUACCUUUUCAGUCAUAAACAUGGUCGGUCACUUGCAGGCAUGAGUCUAGUUAAAAUGGAGUUCAAAUCUAGUUUAAAAGGUGUUAAAAUCUAGUUAAAAUGGAGUUAAACUGUAAUUAAAAUGGAGUUAAAAUGUAGUUCAAAUGGAGUUAAAAUAAAGUCAAAAUCUAGUUAAUUUGAUGUUAAAAUCUAGUUAAUUUCAAAUUAAAAUGUAAUUAAAAUGGAGUUAAAAUCUAGUUCAAAUGGAGUUCAAAUGUAAUUAAAACGGAGUUAAAAUCUAGUUAAAAUGGAGUUAAACUGUAAUUAAAAUGUAGUUCGAAUGGAGUUAAAAUAAAGUUCAAAUCUAGUUAAUUUGAAGUUCAAAUCUAGUUAAUUUGAAAUUAAAAUGUAAUUAAAAUGGAGUUAAAAUCUAGUUCAAAUGGAGUUCAAAUGUAAUUAAAAUGGAGUUAAAAUCUAGUUAAAAUGGAGUUGAAUUGUAAUUAAAAUGGAGUUAAAAUGUAGUUCGAAUGGAGUUAAAAUAAAGUUAAAAUCUACUUAAUUUGAAAUUAAAAUGGAGUUAAAAUCUAGUUCAAAUGGAUUUCAAAUGUAAUUAAAAUGGAGUUAAAAUAGUGUUAAAUAGAGUUAAAAUGUAAUUAAUUAUGUGGGCCUACCGAGGAUGUUGUGGUGGUUUGUGCAGCCCUUUGAGACACUAGUGAUUUAGGGCUAUAUAAGCAAACAUUGAUUGAUUGAUUGAUAAUUAAAUUGGAGUUAAAAUCUAGAUAAGAUGGAGUUUAAACGUAAUUAAAAUUGAGUCAAACCCUAGUUAAAAUGUAACUAAUAUGGAGUUAAAAUGUAACUAAAUGGAGUUAAAAUCUAGAUAAGAUGGAGUUUAAACGUAAUUAAAAUUGAGUUAAAACCUAGUUAAAAUGUAACUAAUAUGGAGUUAAAAUGUAACUAAAUGGAGUUAAAAUCUAGUUAAAAUGGAGUUAAGAUGAAACUAAAUCGGUGUUAAAAUGUAACUAAAAUGGAAUCAAAAUCUAGUUCCAAUUGAGUUAAAAUAUAGUGAGUUUAAAUUCAAUUAAAAUGGAGUUAAAAUCUACUUCAAAUGUAGAUACAAUUUGAUUAAAAUGGAGUUAAAAUCUACUUCAAAUGUAAUUAAAAUGGAGUUAAAAUAUAAUUCAAAUUGAGUUAAGAUGUAAAUACAAUGGAGUUAAAAUGUAAUUAAAUUGGAGUUCAAAUGUAACAAAAAUUUAGUUAAAAUCUAGUUAAAAUUUAACUAAAAUGCAGUUAAAAUCUAGUUAAAAUGCGCUGACUGGUGUAAAAAUGCUGCUAAACCCCAGAAGUGCAAACUGCUGAAAAGCUUUUUAUCACAUUUUAAAAUCAAGACUAAGGUUUAAGCGGACUGAGACUAAUCCAUGCCUUUGUCUCCAGCAGAUUAGACAUAACAUGUUUGUCCUUGGGGGGCCCAACUUUUCCACUGCACAGGGGCCCAGGAGCCCCCUCGAAUAUUAACACUAAAUGAGUAAUCUUACUCUUGAUUUUUAAUCCUAUUCAAUAUUUACUCACACUUUAGAAGUGAUCAUGACACAGAUGUUUAUCAAGGCUGAUUGCAACAAAUAUUUGUUUGUAUAUCAUGUUUGUUUUUUUGGACAAAAUGCACAAAUAAACUAACUAAAUAAUAAUACUAAAUAUUUAGUAUUAUUAUUUAGAACUGAAAUGACAGCUUCACCCCUUAAGUCACAUUUUUGCAGCUAAGAAACCAGACUUCUUCUUCUGUGUAUGUGAUGUUGUCAUUACUGCCCCAUGUGGUGGAGGAGUGUAUUACACCUGACAAACAUAGUUUUGGGGCCCCUAUUGAGGGCCCUCGCUGGCCAACAAUGUGUGAAGAGACACCGGGUUAGACUACUGUCCUGCUCUUCUCACUGUACUCUAAACCUGCUGUGAAGCAGCUGCAGAACAUCCACAAUGCUGCUGCUCGAGUCCUGACUAGAACCAGGAAAUAUGACCAUAUUAGUCCAGUGCUUAGGUCACUGCACUGACUUCCUGUUGCUCAGAGAAUAGACUUUAAACAUCUCUCCUUGUGGACAAGUCUUCUCCUGGUCUUGUUCCAAAGUACAUCUCUGACAUGUUAAAACUGUAUGAACCAUCUCCAGCUCUGAGAACCUCAGGAAGUUGUCUCCUGCUGACAUGCUAGAACCAUCUCCACCCCAGGAAGUGGUCUCCUCCAACCUCCAGGGACAAAUCUCCGAACUAUGGGAGACAGGGCUUUCUGCUCACAGUCUGUAUAACGC